ACUAUUUCUGAAGAAGAGAGAGAGAGAGAGAGUCUUAUUUCUUUGCCUCUCGUCUGCAUUUGCUGGAAACAUGUUUGUUUCAGCUAUUGUUUUAGCCUGCGUGAUGGUUGUGGCAUCCGCCAAGCCUGCACCUGAGCUGGGAGAGAAAUGGGGCUAUGUGGAUGUUCGUCCUGGAGCUCACAUGUUCUGGUGGUUGUAUGGCUAUGAAGGAACAUUGUCCCCGCAAAAACCACUCGUCAUGUGGCUUCAGGGUGGACCUGGUGGCUCUUCAACCGGCUUUGGCAACUUCCUGGAGAUUGGUCCCCUCGACGUCGACUUGCAACCACGUACAACAUCUUGGACAUCCCGUGCCAACGUUCUGUUUGUUGAUAAUCCCGUGGGAACAGGUUUCAGCUAUGUCGAUGACCUGUCAUUGCUGACUAAGACUGACUUGGAGAUCGCUACUGAUCUAGUCACUCUCACUGAGCAUUUCUUCAAGGCCAACCCGGACUUUGCGAAAACUCCCUUCUACGUCUUCAGCGAGUCGUACGGUGGAAAGAUGACGUCAGUGUUUGGACAGGAGCUGCAGAAGGCUAUUCUGGCUUGCCGUCUAAACAUUAACUAUCACGGUGUUGCUCUUGGCGAUGGCUGGGUAUCUCCUAUCGAUUCCAUGGCUGCCUGGGUUCCCUAUCUCUACACGUUGUCCCUAAUCAACUCAGCUGGUGUGGAGGAGCUCAAUGCUAUUGUCGACCAGACACGUGUCGCCAUAGCAAAGGAUGAGUGGCACAUGGCAACGUCACUCUUUGCAGAGAUGGAAUAUGUUGUGGGACAGCUUGCUGCUGAUGUGGACUGGUACAAUGUACUCAAACAUACCGCUUUCGUCACCACCAACUUGAGCUCCCUUGCCCGU